GUUAAACAUUAUUAAAAAAAAAAAUAUGUAUAAGUUGAAAUAAUUGCGGGCUGACAGAUACCAUAAAUUAAAAACCUCGUAGCUCACAGUAGGUCUUUCUCUAACGGUUUAUAAGUUUUCGUUAAAAAAAAAAAAAAUCACUUCCGGAACCCGACUGCGAGAUCUCUCUUUUCUCGAAUAGCUUCGGUUUGCUCCGUGACAGUGUAGCGCAAAAAUAGCCACUAGUUUUGAGCAUGAUUUUGAAGAUGUAAACAAAGUGCUCAGAUUUAAACGACACACAGUACUGUAUCAAUAAUGUGCUUCAUUUCGCAAACACUUCUCGUUUGACUUUAGCUGCAAGCGUGCAGAGAUUUGCACAGCUGUAAACAAAUGCAGAUACGGGAGGUCAACACUGCAAUUCAACACCAGCGACCACUGGAAAAACAUGAGACCCUCUGACCCCUCAGAACUAACAAAAGACUCCGCAACAAAGUCACACAAACGCGUUUACAAUGUGCAAAACAAUAGAGAGCCAGCAGAAUGAGAUGUGCUAACAAUCAGCAUCACUCUGCUGCAAAAUAGCAUUCGAGUUAAUGCACACUGCCAAGUGACUACGUUGGAUUUAGACGAUUAUAAGGAGGUUUAUGAUGACUUUAUUGCCGAGGAUCGUACGGUGGCUCGAGAGAGGCUCUUCCUCAUUGCACUUUCACUAUCAAAGCAGCGCAAACAUGUGUACGAAUAACAGAAGACUGCGAGUUCUGGUGGACAUGGACGGUGUCAUCGCGGACUUCGAGGGAGGAUUUUUAAAGAAGUUUAAGGCGAGGUAUCCGAACGAGCCCUUUAUAUCCUUAGAGGACAGAAGAGGAUUCUGGGUGUCCACACAGUAUGGAGACAUGAGAAGUGACCUGUGUGACAAGGCCAUCAGCAUUUGGGAGUCAAAAAACUUCUUCAUGGACCUGGAGCCUCUUCCUGGAGGUGUGGAGGCGGUGAAAGAGAUGUCCAAGAUGGAGAAUACAGAUGUCUUCAUUUGCACCAGUCCAAUAAAGCAUUACAGCUACUGCCCGUAUGAAAAGUAUGCAUGGAUAGAGAAACAUCUGGGCCCUGAGUUCCUGGAGCAGAUCAUCCUGACCAGAGACAAGACCAUAGUGACCGGAGACAUCCUCAUAGACGACAAACCUGAUAUCCUGGGUGUGGAGCCCAAUCCCUCCUGGGAACACGUCCUCUUCACUGCCUGCCACAACAAGCACCUGCCAGCAAACCCCUCGCAGCGGCGGCUGCUGUCCUGGGCCGAUGACUGGAGGACGUUGCUGGCCAGCAAACGCCAGUGAGAGAUGACAGAACAUCCCAUCGUACGGCAGGGAAAAGAGCUGAUUUGUGCUUUGAUGGGUAAACAGUUCCUGUAUCAGCCCUCAUAUUCAGUAUUACUCUGUAAAAGCGUUGAUUGAUUUUGCAGGCGACGAGAAACAAACUGUUUUUUAUGUAAAAUCGCAAAACGGAUUCAGUUUUUCAUGCAAGACUUUUAGCAUCAGUUUAUUGUUCAUUAUGCAUCCACUGAGGGCUCAGAAAUUCAUCGUUUACAUCAAGCAUAAACUGCCUUUCUUCACAAAGGGGAUUGAUCUACAAGAAAGAGAGAAUAUUUAAAUACGAUUUCCGCUCCUGUCUGAUCGCACAUAUGCACAUGCGAACAUAACACUCUGAAAAAUGCUGGGUUGCUUGCUUGGUUGGGUUGAAAAUGGACAAACCCUGCAAAUGGGUUGUUUUCACCCACCGAUAGGCUUGUUUUAACCCAGCGGUUGGGUUAAAUGUUUACCCAACCUGCUGGGUAGUUUUAUUUUACUGUAUUGCUUGCUUAAAAUGAACCCAAAACAUGUUGGAAAUGAACAUUUAUUAAUAAGUUUAUAAAUAAUAAUUUAAUUGACUAUUAAUAAAUGUUCAACUUUUGAUUAUUAUUGUUGCCUCUAGUAAUUAUGGGUCUGAUUUUUAAUUUCCAACCUAUUUUGGGUUCAUUUUAAGCCAGACAUACAGUAAUUUUUAAACAAUAGUUGAGUUAAAUAAAAUUGCCCAGCAGGUUGAGCAAACAUUUAAACCAAUCGCUGGGUUCAAACAACCCAGUUGCUGGGUUAAAAACAAGCCAAGUUGGGUUGAAAAUGGACAAACCCAGCGAUUGGGUUGUUUUAACCCAGCGAAAUGAACCCAAAAAAUGUUGGAAAUUAAUGUUUAUUAAUAUGUUUAAUAAAUGAACAUUUAUUAUUAAGUUUAAUGAAUAAUAAUUAAACAAUAAACAUUCAUUAAAUUGGUUAUUAAUAAAUGUUCACCUUUUGAUUAUUAUUGUUGCCUUUAGUAAUUAUGUGUCUGAUUUUUCAUUUCCAACAUAUUUUGGGUUCAUUUUAAGUCAGCCAUACAGUAAUUUUUUAACAAUAGUUGGGUUAAAUAAAAUUGCCCAGCAUGCUGGGCAAACAUUUAACCCAACCGCUUGGUUGAAACAACCCAAUCGCUGGGUUAAAACUACCCAUUUGUUGAAUUAAAAAAAAAACAACCCAACUGCUGGUUUUGUCCAUGUUCAACCCAGCAUUUUUUAGAGUGAAGCAUGUAAUGAUUUUUCACUGGUUCACUGUUAACAUGAAUGCAUAUUUAAUUUAUUAUGAAGUAUAGUUUAAAUUCAGGGAGAACACAAUACUCGACAGAAGAAGACAGGUUUGUUUGUUUAUCAUUGUCAUAGUCUAUCUUUGUUGUGUGUCACUGGUUGAGGAGAUGUGAAUGCCAGAGCACUGCAUGUACUGUAAUCAGACUCUCUGACAGGUUAUUACCACUCUUGACACUAGAGGUCACUAUGAGCACAUGGAGUUAUUAUAAUGCCUGUGAAACAUGUUGCUUUUUAAUUUCGGUUAACUCUUUAUUAGUUUGGAAUGAAUCUUUUAAUAAACUUUUUUUUAUGCCUUGA